AUGCACGCGUUCUUUCGCAAGCGGAAGGGAGGCAAGCGACAAGAAACUGACGAGAGCAAACAGGCACCCGCAAAAACACCACAAACACCAUCGCCAAAGAAGCAUAACAACCUAAGCGACAUACCGGCUCCGCCCGCCGGCUUUACUGAAGCAUCUCAAGAUCCACAGCUGCAUACUUCGCACUCGCACAAAGCUUUACACGGUUACAAAGACGGCUCGCCAGAAGCCGCCGCCAUUGGCACUGCAAUCACUACAUCUGAGCGCAUACCCCUUUACAAGCAACAAGUUACCCGCGACGACCACCAUUGGCCGCUACGCCCAGACCCUUUUAACAAGCCUCUGCCACUCCUGCGCGGCAAAGCCAGCGAUUUCCAAGAGGAGCUCCAGAACGAGCCAAGCUUUUUUGACGACCGCAACUACAUUGAAGAAGAAGAGGAGGAGGAGGAGGAGGAGACAGUCAGAUCUUUCAGCAGCACACCAGAACUCGCCACCGCACAAGCCGUCCGCAUCGAACGCGUCAACGGUGUCGACAUCAAAUUCAACAUGGUCUCUCCUAGCGACUCCAACAUGAAUCUCAACAAGCUCAAAGAGAACGAGGACAGCACCCGCGCCGGUACCGGCAGCAGCUCUCAGCGCGCAAGCCGCUCGCGCACGCGCCGUCAGGAGCGCCUCGAAAAGAACGGCAUCGAGUCCAAAGACUUCGCCGAGAUGCCCGAGGAGUCCAUCGAGGCGCCGCCAGGCCUGAACAUCCGCAAAGUCGAAGCCUCGCGCACGCCCUCCCCACGCACUCGCCUCCCACACGAGGACGUCGAAGCGCAACCGCCACCACCGCGCUCCUCCUCUCGAGCCAAGAUCGACGACGACGUCCGCCCAUUCAUCGAUGCACCCAAGGGCAAGUUCGGCACGCGCACGCCAGCCGGCGGCACGCCACCGGUCACGUCUCCCUCUUCAAGCAAGCCGCCACUCAUCAAGUUCGCCAGAAACAAGGGCAAGAACAAGGCCACCUCUCCGCCACCACCACCACCACCACCUCCUCCCUCCACUGAGGACGAGACGACGUGGAAGCCCUACGACUACGAGACCGUCUCCUUCCGCCCGCCGCUUCACGACUUCACCAAGCAUCCGGGCCAACAGUGGGAGUCGGAGCUGCUGAACACCAGUCGUCCGGCUAUGGCUUGGGGGUGCGUAACCAUCCAUCGAUGA